CGUAGACCCAGUGGAAGAGUAAAAUCCAACAUGGAGAUUCAGAGUGUGUUAGUCCCUGUUUAUAAGACGUUUUCCUAGGCAGUGGGAGGCCCCAAGCACCCUCCCCGCCGGCCACGCGCAGCCUCCACCCCGCUCCAGUCAGCUCCCCGCCCCACGCCGCCCCAGGACACCCCGCCGCCCCUGGGGAGAGGAAUAUCCAACCCGGGGCAUGUUUUGAGGCCGCGAUGAAGCCAGGAGGGCUGUGUUCCCCCGGCAGCGGGCGGCCGCUGCCCCCCAGGGAAGGGGUGGGGGCGGCCCCGCUGCCCAACAAGCUGCCUGAUGGCUGCACCCAGUUCCCCAAGGACCCCGCCGCCUCCGCCGCCCCGCGUGAGAGCCGUGCCUGCCUCACCCCUGAGCUGUGUGAGGAGGGCAGCCCCGGUGGCCGGCACCCCCACGGCCCCCUCAAUGGCCUGCUGUCCCAGGUGCCCCUCCUCAACGGGGCAUACCCGCCGCCUCUCCCCGCCCACAGGGAGUGCCACGUGCUGUCCCCGCCCCAGAGUGAGGACGGGGAUGAAGAUGGCACCCCCCAGCACGGGGCAGAGCACAGGACAGGGGGUGUGAAAGCCCCCACCCAGCCCCCCUCCCUGCCCAGCAUCUGCAGCAAGCGAUACGAGCAGCUCACCGUCAUCACCGCUGACCCCCGGGGGCGGGACGGGGCAAUCACCACUAGCCCUGCUGCCGCCCAGGCCCCCUUGGCCCCCGGCCCUGGCAGCAGCAUCAGCAGCAGCUCGGCAGCCAGCCCCAGCGUGCUGGCGGGGCUUGGCGGCCUGGGCCUGGGCCGGGGCGGGGCGCUGUCCUCCCCGCGGAGCCUGAAGAGCCCUCGGGGGCGGCGCAAGUGUUCCCUGGAGGAGAUCAUGACGCGGCUGCACCAGGCCCAGGCCCAGGCCUCAGGGCUCAACGCCCUCGCCAACUUCCCUGCACCAGGGGCACUGCCCCCCAGCAGCCCCGGCCUGAUGGGGGGCAGGGGGAUUGCGGCCCCCCCAGCCCCCGCUGGGCCCAGCCCUGCCGCCACCACCUCCACCACCUCCACCACCACCAUCACCUCCACCACCACCACCACCACGUGCAGCAGCACUAGUAUUGCCCCACUGCCCGGGGCUGUCCACCCCAGAGGACAAGUGACUCAGGGGCCAGGGCUAAGGACUCCCCAGGGGGAUGGCCCCCCCAGCCCCUCUGUACCCCAGUGUAGCCGAACCCCAAGUGUUGUGAGUGACAGUGUGGCGGCACCCCUGGCCCUGUGUGGCCCCCCACCGGGCGCCCCCAGUGAAGGGAGUGUUGCCUUGGGUGCCAGGGAUCCGGGGGAGGCUGUGGCCCGGCCCCCCACACCCCAGGGAGAGCCCCCUCGGGACACCCGGUCUCCCACACAGACAGGAGCCAGUGUUACCUUGGACGUGAGUGUGUGUGCCCCGGCAGUGCUCAACCCCACCUCAGCAGCCCCCCCGUGUGCCUCCCCCGGCAGCCCCGCACAGGCUGUACCCAAAGAGGACCCCACAGAGGCAGCUGCCCCCACCCCCUCUCCCACCUCCACCCCUGACCCAGCCCCUAUCCCUGCCCCUGCCCCAGUCCCAGCAGUAGCAGCCCUAGGUGAGAGGGAGGGUGAGGGGGGCGCGGACAGCCCUGCGGCAGCCCCCAGCAGUGGCCGCAGCAGCAGCCUGGAGGGGCCAGAAGCUGAAGCAGCUGCUGGCAGUGCCUCCAGGACCAGCGAGAGUGACAUUGAGGUGCUCUUUGAUGGCACCACCGCCACCGCCACACCCCAGGGGGAGGACAGGGAGGUGAAGGCCAAGGCAGGCAAGGGAGGCCCCCCCAAGGCCGUGGAGGGCCCUGGGCUGGGAGCCUCACCCUUCCUGGAGCCCAUCUCGGACGAGGAGAACUCCCUGCUGACCUCCGACCUGUCCUCCACCUCGGGGCACCUCAGCAGCUCCCACACGCCCAUGUUCUCCGACACGCCCUCCGACACCUCCCGCGGGGCGCUCAUGGUCAAGAUAUCCGACGCCGUGGCCGCCAUUCUCUCAGAUGUAUCGGACGACAGUCUCCCGGAGUCCCCCCAGGCUAGUGGCUCAAGCUCCAGCGACGGCUUUCCCUCGGCCGCCAGCACCGGGGCCGCCAAGCUCAGCCGGAGGAUCGCCAGCAUCUGUGACAAGCUGGACCGAGACUGUGGGCGGGACAGCGCAGCGGGCAGCACCCCCACCCAUGCCCCCGCCCACGCCCAGGCACCCUCACCUACCCCAGUGGCCCCCUCCUUUACUACCCAUGCCAAGGCCUCCUCCCCUGCUCCUUCCCAUACCCAGGCCUCUCCUACCCAUGUCUCAGCUCCCUCCCCACCUCCUACCCAUGUCUCAGCCCCUUCUCCUCCUCCUACCCAUGCCCUCACCCAUGUCUUGGCCCCCUCUCCUCCUCAUACCCAUGCCCUCACCCAUGUCUCAGCCCCCUCUCCUCCUCAUACCCAUGCCCUCACCCAUGUCUCAGCCCCCUCUCCUCCUCACACCCAUAUCAAAGCACCAUCCACCUCUUCUACCCAUGCUCAGGCCCUAUUACCCACUCCUACCCAUACCCAGGGACUCUUACCCACUCCUACCCAUAUCCAGGGACUCUUACCCACCCCUUCCCAUACCCAGGGCCUGUUACCCACCCCUACCCAUAUCCAGGCCCUCUUACCCACUCCUACCCAUAUCCAGGCCCUCUUACCCACCCCUACCCAUGCCCCAGUCCUCAUGCAAGCCGCCAGUGACCCGGGGCAGACUGGGGGAGGGGCUGCGCCAGGGGUCGGGGCUGGCAUUGAAAGGGACAUUAGGACUAACAACCCCGCGAGUGACUCAGUGAUUAACAUAAAACAACAAGAAAAACAAGAACAGGAAACGGGUCUGAGUGUUCCGUGUGUUACGCUAUCAUCGUCAUCAUCGUCAUCAUCAUCACCAGUCGUGUCACCAUCAUCACCACAGUCACCACCAGCGCCGACAUCCUCAGAAGCCUUGUCCGAAAAUGGUGUUGAAAAACAAGAACAGCAGCUACCACCACCACCACCACCCCAGGGACCCACAGGGGAGGAGGAGGAGGCCAGGGGUGAUUUAGGGGUGUGUAGUAGCCCCCCUGUUAAACCCCCCAGUUCCCCAGCUUCCCCCAUGGUCACAGCCUCCCCAGAUGGUCCAGAGGAAGCCCCCAGAUUGACUGCGACACAUGUACCUCAGACAGAAUUAGGCACAAAAGAUUACGCUAGUACCCCCUUAAAUACUAGUGAAGAUUAUGCUAGUACCCCCUUAAAUACUAGUGAAGAUUAUGCUAGUACCCCCUUAAAUACUAGUGAAGCUCAUGCUAGUGCCCCAAGGAACACUAGUGAAGAUUAUGCUAGUACCCCAAUGAAUGCUAGCAACAAUUACUCUUCCUUGGAAACUAGUAGAAAUUAUGCUAGUGACACCAUGAGACCUAGUGAUGAUUGUACUAGUGCCCCAUUAAACACUGGUAAAGAUUAUGACAGUGCCCCCUUAAAUACUGGUAAAGAUUAUGACAGUGUCCCCUUAAACACUGGUAAAGAUUAUGACAGUGCCCCCUUAAACACUGGUAAAGAUUAUGACAGUGCCCCCUUAAACACUGGUAAAGAUUAUGACAGUGCCCCCUUAAACACUGGUAAAGACAACACUAGUGCCCCCUUAAACACUGGUGAAGAUUAUGACAGUGCCCCCUUAAACACUGGUAAAGACAACACUAGUGCCCCCUUAAACACUGGUGAAGAUUAUGACAGUGCCCCCUUAAACACUGGUGAAGAUUAUGACAGUGCCCCCUUAAACACUGGUAAAGACAACACUAGUGCCCCCUUAAACACUGGUGAAGGUUACACUAGUGCCCCCUUAAACACUGGUGAAGAUUACACUAGUGCCCCCUUAAACACUGGUAUCACGACAUGCCAAAACCUAACCUCAGGAUCUCGAACCAUUUCUAGUCAGUCCAGAUUUUGCAAUAUUCUUUCGGGUCAGGAGGAAAAGGAGGAGGAGGAAGGGGCUGCUGCAGGGGAUGUGACGUUAAGCCCCCAGCCACCUGUCAAGGCUUCCCCAGGGUGUGCCUUGCCCUCAGACCCCCCAGAACCCCCAGCCCCCACAGCCCUAAGUCCAAAAUCUACACACCCACAGGAUUUACACCAGGGUUCCGCGACAUCCACAGACAUAGCCCCUGGUAGCGUACAGGUGCCUGAGGGGUCUACCAAGCACUCAGAACAGCCCCAUGUGGACCCCUGUGUGGAUGCAGUGACCCAGGGGAGUGAGGGGACUAGGGGGGUCACUCCACCACCCACCACCACCACCACUAACACCACCACCAGCACCUCUAGCUUGGCUCAGGGCCCGCAAGAUCAGUCUUCCAUCGAGGGUCAACCUUCCUCCCCUUCCCAGCCUGUCACUCAGCUCCACAGUGACCCCAGCCCCCAGGAGGAGCCACAGAAGCCCCCUCUAUGCGACCCCAGCCCUGAUGUACCAGAGACAGCACAAAUGACCCCUGUGGAACCAUGCCCUAAAGACACCAGUGGUACGGAACAACAUACUCACCCUGGGGGCUUUGACACAGGUCAUCCCCCUGCAGACCCCCCAGACAGCAGUGACAGGGAGAGCCAUGCAGCCCCAGACAGUGCCAGCAGUGAGCCCCCAGUGGCAGCAGAGGAGCAGCAGGAGGGAGGAGGAGGGGGCUGCGUCAGUCUGCCGGCCACAGGGGCGAGCCAACACACCCAAGUGCCUCGCAGUGUGGGGCAGACAGAUCCCACACAGCACCCCACCACAGCCCCCACCACAGCCCCCCUCUACCACACACCACCUCAAUCGCCAGUGACCUUAGCUAGCCCCGCCCCAGCCACAGCACCCGAUGCAGCUCCCCACGACCCCGACAGCUCCUCUACCUCAGCCCCGCCCCGCCCCAGCCCCCCCGGCACACCACCGGCCUUAUGCUCUCUGGGAGAAGCGACAACACCCGGCUUGGUGGUGCCAGGGGAGGGUGAGGCAGGGGAGGCUCCAUCAGGCACCCCCUCCCCUGGGGCAUCCCCCCAGCCCCCCACCACACAGGCAGGGGACUCAGCCGGUGGUGGUGGGGAGGGCCACUCAGCCCCCCAGCCAGAGGUAGGGGCUGGGCACAGACAUUCCUUGCCCUGCACAGCCCCAGCAGGCAGCCCCCAGCCCCCCAGCCAGGCCAGCCCUGGGGGGGAGGGCUGCCUGGCUCAACACACCAGCCCAGCAGACAGACCACAGACACCUCCCCCUGCUGAGCCCUCCCCUGUGGGUGAUGGCAGUGUGGGGCCCCUGGCCAGCCCCCUGCAUACUCUUCCAGCCCCUGCCAGCCCUCCUGAGGUUGUGGGGGAAGCAGCCCCUGAGCAGGACACCCAGCCCCCUGUGGAGGUGGAGGAGAUACCCCAGCCCCCCGUGGAGGUGGAGGAGACACCCCAGCCCCCACGUAGCCCCACAGCCGCCACACAGACCCAGCCUGAGGAGGAGAGCGCCGCGUCAGGGAGGGUGGGCAGCAGACUCCUGUGUGCACUCCCCCCUGGGGGGGAGGCCAGCACCCCCUUGCCGGCAGUCAGCCUGGGGGAGGAGCAGCGGAGGGAGGGCCUGGAGUGUGCCUUCCCUGAGGCCCACGCCACACCCUCCAACCCAGCCCCUGGCCCCCUGCCCUCCGUCAAGUCCCCCACCGUGGGUGUCACACCCGACGAGGUCACCAUCCCCCAGGGGGAGCCCCACACGGCCCUCACCCUGGACCAGCUGGCCAGUGCCAGUGGGGCUAAGGCUCCCUCCCCUGAGCCCAGCCCCCAGGGCCAUGAGGAGGGCCAAACCCUGAGUGCUGCAGUGGUGGGCCAGUCUGCCCCCCACAGCACACCGGUGGGCCAGGAGGGCGCCCCCACACCCACAGAGGACACCAGCCAGCACAGCCCCACCCAGCAGCCCCACACCACUGAGCCUGCCACCGCCGCCCCGGACACCAGUACACGGCGGGAGGGGGUGCCACAGAUCCUGUUGGACCUGGGGCUGGUAAAGAGUGAGGCUGGCCAGGCGGGGCCGGGCCUUGCCAGCCCCACACAGGCCAGGCGAGGCCUUAGUCUUGUGUGGCCAACCCCAAAACAGGAGGUGAAGCCUGUGUGCUCCUCCACAGAGGCCGCCCCCGCCACCAGCACCCAGGAGGAGGGCGCCCCGUGCCCCCUGUGCCUGGAGCCCCUGGCGGAGCCCCUGGAGCAGCACCUGACCAGCCGCCACGUGUGCUGCACCUUUGUGCCGGUCAAGACCACCCUGGCAUUCCAGCGGCACAUGCUGCUGAGGGUGAGGGACCCCGAGGACCUGCCGCCGGGGGAGGACCCGUACCCCGGCAGCCUGCACGUGUGCCGCCGCUGCUGCUUUGCCUCGCAGGACAUCAACGCCGUGCGCUUCCACCUCAACAGCCACGAGGAGGUGUACCAGGUGCGGCCCGGCCAGGUGGCCUGCGACUGUGACCAGCGCACCUACGCCUUCCCCUCCCACCGCUGGCGCUCCCUCAUGCACCGCAGCGCCCACCACUGCCACCUGUGUGGCCACUACUUUGCCUGCCCCCGCGGCCUGGCCCUGCACGCCCUGGCCCUGCACUGCCCUGGCCAACGCUGCCAGCUGUGCAGCGCCCUGGUGGACCCCCAGGAGGCCGUGGACCACCUGGCCCAGCACCGGCCAGACCAUGCAGCCCUAGAGCCCAAGCAGGAGCCGCCGCAGGAGCCGCCGGGCAUGGACAGGUUUGGCGUGGCGUGGAACAUCUACGACAACUGGAUCAACUUCCUGGACGGCAAGGACUUCAGGCUGAGCACGGCGCCCAAGGUGCCGGACCCCGGCCUGGACCGCAGCUACCUGACCCUGCCCCUGCGCAACGUGGACGAGGAGGCCGUGGUGCCCCCGGAGGCCAUCCUGGACCCCGGCCGCGACAUCCACCGCUACGUCAAGAACAAGCGCGUGGUGAGACUGCCGGGCGGCGGCGAGGAGGCGCUGCGCAGCUUCAGCCUGGCCGUGCAGCUGGACCUGCACAAGAAGAUGAACCGCAAGGGACGCAAAGCUGGGGCGGGGCUGGGGCGGGGCGCCCACCGCCAGGACCUCUUCUCCGUGCUGGGUAUUGCUGCCACCAGGCCCCGGGCCGCUGCCAGGGAGGCCGCCGAGGCCCCUGCGCCCCGCACCCCCGGCAGAAAGCCCCGCCGCAAGCUGAGCCUGGAGAUCCCUUUGGACGAGGCCCCCGGGGACGGCCCACAGCUCACCCGCACCCGCUCCGGCAUGAUGCAGAUGCCCCGGGCGGAGAGCCUGGGGCCAGAGGGGGCGGAGGAGAGCCCGGCAGGCACUCCCACCACCUCGGAGGCGCCGGUGGGGGUGUCUGUGGUGGAGGGGGAGUGGUCCCGGGAGCACACCUACGUCUGCUGCAGCUGUGGGGCGUCCUGCCACAACCUGGCAGACAUGAUGGACCACAAGUGGGAGAUGCACCCGGCCGUGUGGUGCGCACACACCAUGCUGCAGGGACAGGGACAGGUGCCGCACGCCUUCAGGUGCCAGUUCCAGCCGCCCACCGCCCGGCCGACCCUCCUGCCACUGCCCACCGCCCCACCCCCAAGCAGCGAGGGCCAGGCGGGGCCGCCCAGCCAACACACGCCCGCCCCGCACACCUGCACCGGCUGCGGCCUCACCUUCCAGGAGCGCCCCGCCUUCCACGCCCACCUGGUGGAGUGCGGCGGACUCAGCCUCCUCGUCAUUCCCAAGAAGAAGAGCAAGAAGGGAUUCAGGUUCAAGCGUCGCAAGGGCCAGGGUAUGCCAAACAACCGCUAUGGGAACAUGUCGCAGCCCAGCACUCCACUAAAAGCCCGAGCUGGCGACAGGUCAUCAGGGCUCAACACCCCCCUCAUGGACCGCCCCAUGGGGCUGCCAUUGACCACCUGUGGGGUGAAGCGGCGCCUGGAGCUGGCCGUGGGGUCCAUCGACAACGUGGAACUUAAGAAUCGCCUCAAGGCCAUCAUCACCAGCGCUCGUGGCCCUGGCGGCGGCCCUGCCCAGCCCAUCCGCCGGCACACCAAGAUGAAGCUGCGUAAGAAGGCCUUGGACACCCGGCGGCUGCGUAAGACCCGCCACAGCGACCGGGUGAAGGAGCUGAAGGAGGAGAAGGCGGAGGUGUCGGGUGAGGAUGGUAAAGGAAAGCUUGGAAAGAAAGGAACCACAUCUACCACUACUGCUACUACCACAACCACUACCACUACUACUGCCGCCUCUACCACUCCUACCGCGCCCUUACCUGACGCCCCUAAGCCACCCAAGGGCAAGGGCAAGAGGGGGAAGAAGAGUGCCGUUAUCAAGGUGGAGGAGGGCCAGGUUGGGGUGAGUGGAGGCCCUUCUGGCACCGUGUUGGAUGUGGAGAAGUGGAAAGGGAAGGUGGAUGCUGGCCCAGACACAUCCACACCCAUAUCCACCUUGCCUGUGUCCACCAAGAAGACCCAGCGGAUGAACGGAUUUCUCGAGGGGAAGAAGAAGGUUAAGAAGAAGAAGAAGAAGGUGUUGAAGGCUCCCCCAGAGGUCCCCCAGAUGACUCAGAUUGUGACCCACUCUGUACCUGAACCCCCCAUUGCUGAGGCCACCCCAGCCCCCCCUCCCCCCCAGGUGCCUGAGAAGAAGAAGAAGAAGGGGAAGAAGGCCAUGGGGAAGAGAAAAGGUGGCACUGUUCCCGGCACUGGCACUGAAGUCAAGGUGGAAGUGCCCGGGAAGACAGUGAAGGGCACCAAGAAGAGCAAAAAGAAACUUGACCCUGUGCCUGUCGCUCCCCCCAGCCCCCUGCAGCCCCCCCAGGAGCCAGCCCCCAGACCCAGGAAGGUGCGGAGGACGAGCAGCGUGGAGACCAGCACUAGCUCGGCCAAGGAGGAGGAGGAGACCACGGUGGGGGAGGAGGAGGAGGAGCUUGUGACGGAGGACAGUGAGUGGGUCAGCGACAGCAAGGACUCCCGGGCCAGGCCGCAGGACGCCCUCCGGCCCAAGCGCCCGGCCUACUUCUCCUCCUCCAGCGACGACACGGAGAACUCAGACUCAGAGCCCGAGGUGAUUCGGAACUUCCGCAGCGGCCGGCGGUGCGGCGGCCGCCUGGGGCUGAGGACCAAGCAGAGCAAGGCCAACGCUCGGUACUCCUUCCGCACCGCCUCCACCGAGGCGGCGGAGGCGGCGGCCAAGGGCAAGGCCAGGAAGGGAGGGGACCCGGAGGAGGAGGAGGAGGAGCCACAGGAAAAGGAGGUGGAGGAGCUUCCCCUCACCCCCAAGAGGAAGAGGAAGGUUGCCAACUAUGAGAACCAGGACGACUACCUCUACGUGCCCCCCAACGACAGCGCCUCCUCCGACGCCGAGGCCCUGGAGGACGGCGGUGACCCUGCCAGGCCCCGGGGCACCCGCCGCAGCAUGAGGACCCUGUUGAAGGACGACCCCGACACCCAGGCAGACGCCAGGGCCGCCAGCACUGAAGCAGCCUUUGAUGCCCUGAAGGAGGCCGCCAAGACAGACAGCGGGGCCGGGGCCGUGGCCACCUGGACCCCCGGCAGCAUCCAGGCCUCAGCCAGAAGCCGCCGGAGGAGCCUGGAGGUGGCGGUGGAGGGCGCCAAGGCCAAGGCCGCCCCCAGGACUGCCAGUGCCCCCAGCAGCGACCUGGAGGUGGAAGGCCUUUGGGGGGGCAGCAAGGGGUCCCGCAGGAAGGGGCCGGCCCUGCUGGAGCGCCUGGCCCUCAGCUCUGCCUUCCAGGCCCAGGUGGAUGAGGUGUCCGGCAUUAUCCACCGCAGGAAGAAGGCCGCCGCGGCCCCAGGCCAGCCAGACGCCCAGAUGGAGGCUGAGGUCAUGGUUACUGCCCUGCUGGAGCCACAGGCCAGCGGCGUGGAGGCCAGGGCCAUGCCGGGGCCGCCCUCGGCCUUGAAGGACACCGACGAAGAGGGUGUGAGGGAGGCCUCCCCGGGCCGGGAGGGGGAGCCGCCCCCCAAGGUCCUGCGGCGGAGGCGGCUGAUCCUCUCAGAGCACAGUGCCAGCGAAGGCCCUGCCCAGGAGAGUGACUCCAGCCUGGACAAGCCGCCGCUGCCGGGCCGCCGCAGGAAUGUCAUUUUGUCCAGCGACUGCUCUGAGGCGGAGGCGCGGCCGGCGGCUCCUCUGAGUGUGACCACCGACGCCGAGACCCCCACUGAGGAGGCCCCGGAGGUGCCCCCACCGAGGUCCCUGCCCAAGAAGAUGCCGCCCACCAAGAAGGCCAAGGCCAAGGGGGUGCCCAGGGGUGUCCCCGCCCUCGCCCCUCCCCCCGGCACCCCCGGGGAGGAGGAGGAUGACGAGGAUGACGUGCCCCUGUCCGCCCUGGCACACAGCGGCAGGAAGGCUGACGCCCCCGCUGCCCCGCCUGGCCUCGGCAGGGCGGCGGCCAAGAAGAAGAAGAAGGUGUACGGCAAGAGCAAGAAGCGGCUCAAGAUGCGCCAGCUGAGCCGCCUCAUCAAGGAGGCGGCGGCCCAGGACUCAGAGUCCUCCAGCUUUGAGGGCUUCAGCGGCGGCCCGGCCAAGCGGUGGCCCAAGGCCAAGGCCAAGGCCCCCACCAAGAAGUACAAGAAGAAGCUGAGCCUCCUCAAGGCCGCCAAGGCCGUGCGCUACGGCAGCACCGCCAGCGAGUCUGAGGUGUCCGACGACACCAGGACCGUGCGCAGGGCAAAGCUCAGGGCCUCGGCGCUCAUCACCUCACCCGCCCCAGACCCUGCCCCUGCCCCUGACACUGCCCCAGACCCACCCCUUGACACUGCCCCAGACCCAGCCCCUGACACUGCCACCACCACCACCACCACUGCAACAACCCCCAUCACCACCACCACCACCCUGAGCCAGCCUGAGGAGGAGGUGGCCGUGGCCCCCCCAGCUCCCCCAGCCAAGGGCAAGGGCAAGGGCAAGGGCUCCCACAAAAAGGGCAAGAGCCACAAGAAGCAUUUCUACAAGAAGAAGAAGAAGAGUGGAGGCAAGGGUGUGAGGCAGCCCCCCAAGGGCCCCACGCAGCCCCCUGGGCCCCCACACACCAUGCCGGUGCUGGAGUGCAUGGCAGGGCCUGGGGGUGGCCAGGCUGACCCGCCACCCCAGGGGGCCGCCCCGGAGCCUGCCAGAGUCUCGUCCCGGCGGUCCUCCGCUGACCCAGCCAAGGACAUUCCAGUGGUGCCCCCCACACAGCCCCCCAGCACCACCACCCAGGGGGAGCAGGCACUCCCCUCCCCCCUCCCCCUCCCCCCGGGCCAGCAACAGCCUGUGGAGCGCCCCGCCACACCCCCGCAGCCCCGGAGGAAGAGGGCAAAGUCAACUCAGGAAGCCCCACUCAGGGACCAGGCGGAAGCCCUGCUGCCACCUCCACCCCCCCCAGCACCUGCCCCCACCCCAGCAGUGCCCCAGGGUCAGGGCAAGGGCAAGAGGAAAAGGUCCACCUCUGUGUCCGGGGCGGGGAGUCAGGAGGCAGCCGCCACCCAGCCCCCAGCCCUCACCUCUACCCAGGCCCCGGCCCUCACCUCCACCCAGGCCCCGGCCCUCACCGCCAGCAAGAAGGGCAGCGAGGGCAGCAAGAAGAAGAAGAAGAGUGGCAGUGGCCGGGCGUGCAAGGCCGAGGUCAAUGAGGUGACCUGCAUGGACUGUGGUCUGAAGUUUGGGUCCUUGGCGUCGCUGGAGGACCACCGGCAGGACUGCCUGACCAUCGCCUUUGAGAUGAGCAUGAUGGAGGCCGAGGACCACCUCUUUGAGUGCCCGCACUGCCACCUCACCUUCGCCAAGAAGGGCACCCAGCGCAAGCACACCACCUCCUGCCGCCUCGUCAAGUACAAGCGCUACGAGAGCAAGGCUUUCAAGAAGGCCAGCCGCGUUCCCCCCGCACCCCCCGCCCUGCUGCUGCCGGGCAGCGAGGCGGGGGUGGUGGGCCCCCCUGCCCCCCUGCCCUCGCCAGGGAAGGGCCGCAAGAGCAGCAAGGAGAACAUCUCCCGUGAGGCGGGGCCGGGCGCGGCGGACCCCCUGCUGAAGGAGGUGCUGCGCGUGCCGGUGUACACGCGCCACGGGGACAAGGCCGCCGCGGUGCUGACGGGCGGCGGCGGCAACACCAACACCCUGCAGGAGAACGUCAAGCACCAGGAGCUGCUGCCCAGGGUGCCGCCCAUCACCGUGCCCGACCCCCCCAAGGUCUGGCGCGAGGGGCAGCUCAAUGGGCGGCUCCUCAACGGGGAGCACCCGCCGGAGCCCUUCCCCCCAGCGGUGGUGGCGGCGACGGCGGUGGCGGUGGAGCCCCAGCGCUGCGCUGCCUGCGGCUAUGACACCAGUGACCCGGACCUGUCUGCCAAGCACCGGCUGGUGCUGCAGUUCUCGCGGUGCUGCCAGCAGCAGGCGGUGAAGGAGGUGUGCGCCCUGGCCGCCAACUACAACCUGGGCCUGGACGCCGUGCGGGGCAUGGUGGCCGCUGCCGAGCCCCACCAGGGCUUCAUCACCCUGGCCUUCGACCCCAAGCAGGCCCCCAUCCCCCCCCUGGUGGGCGGCACGGCCAGCACCACGGCCAAGCUGAAGGAGGUGCUGGCCUCCCCACACUGUGCCUGGGUGCUGUCCAGCCUGGAGUCCCUGGCCAAGCGCUACCAGGCCUCCGAGGCCGUCAGCAUCACCGGCAGCCGCCAGGACGCCCUCAAGACGCUGGCCACCCUGGAGGAGGUGCUCAGGGACAUAUCGGAGACCGACGGCGCCCUGCUCAGGAACCGCAUGCUCAAGACCAUGAGGGAGAACUUUGAGGCCGGCACCAACUGACCGAGGGAGGGGGGGGGCCGGGGCCGGGCCGGGGGGGGCCGGACACUUUCUCAACCGGACGUGAACUGAGCGGCGGAGAGACGAACGUUACGGUCUGCGCUGCAAACCAAAAGGUUGUGAUAGAAAACUGUCGUGAACCCUGAACCGAGACGCCUCGGGUCCGUUUAUGCAAUAACUGUGAGAGCCUCGAGUGUGUGGUGUGGGGGGGGGCGGGGGGAGGGGAGGGGUGAGGGGGGACACACACGGGGGCACGGCAGCGGCACCACUGUCGGCCACACAAAGUAUUGGGCAUUGUGUUCGUUCAUUAAAUUAUGCUAAGUUUAAGGUUCUCUGACGACUGACCAAAACACGACUGCCUUCGACGGCUGACACGAGAGGGAGGACGAGGACGACGGGACGGCCUGAGAGAGAGAGAGAGAGAGAAGGUGUGUGGGGGGUUAUGGGUGAGCGAAAGGACCUGACAUACAUGUGUUGAAUCGCCUCUUUGCCGCAGGAAGGAAACAAAACAGAGGAAAGAUUUAGGAAGACAUUUGUUUAAGUUAGCGACCUUCAACCACGCACUGCCGCUGGACGUAGGCUGUAUGAUAUAAUGUUUAUUUGUUACGGUUGCCGGCAGUGAAUGGUUGACGGUUGACGACACCUUCCUGGCGGCGGAGAGAGAGACAGACAGGAGGAAGAAAGGAAGGGAGAGAGGGAUAGGAGGAAAGAAAGGGAGGAAGGAGGGAAGGAGAAGAGACAGAUAUAGAAAAGGGAGAGAAACAGGAGGAAAGACAGAUAGGAGGAAACGAAGGAAGGAGGAAAGGGAGAGAAAGGAAGGAGGGAGAAACAGGAGGAAACGAAGAAAGGAGGAAAGGGAGAGAAAGGAAGGAGGGAGAGGACAACCUGGGAAUGCCCAAGGAGACAAUUUUUAUCCGUACUCGCAUCCUCCUUGCGUUUACCAAUUCGCCAUUUGACAUUUUCUUUUAACCUACGUAUGCGUUUAAAUUUUCUGUACGUACUGAUAAGGAGUAAUUUUAAAGACACACACACACGGACUCUUCGUUUCAGUAGAGGUCGUCGUUGAUAGUCGCGUGGAAAAAGAGAUUAAAAAAAAUAAUUAAGUUUACGUUAGGUUUUGCGUAUUCCUGUCGAUCUUGUUUUUCCGAAUUUUUCCAUUUUUUAUUUUUUCGCUCCGAGCGCGGCACCCCAAGGAAUUCUCUCGGCCUCUGUGUUAGUUCGUUCAUUAGUUUGUUUGUCUUAGGGUAUGAGGGCGGAGAGGGGGGCACGCACACCGGCCUAACCAAAACAACAACAACAGUAACCAGCAGAAACCACCACUUUCAUCAUCAGCCCAUUGUGACGAGUGCAUUGCUAUCAAGACAGACAGACAGACAGACGUACACACAUACCCCCCAUAGCAGCGACCAUUUGUUGAUACCCUAGCCGUUAUUUAUAAAGGACGCGUUGAAGGUCAGUAUUCCUACACAUAUCUGGCUCCUAAGACGGCUGUUUCCCAAGGUCACGGGGAAGAUUGAUUGGGUUUUCGUGGGUGGUUUUCCCAAGCGUUGUUGUGGAAAUUGGGUUAAACUAUCACCCCUCCCAUUUCCCUCCCUAUAUGAAUCCCUUCCCAUUCCCAUCCCCAUUUCCCUUCCCAUUCUGUCCCCAUUUCCCAUCCAUUUAAACUAUCACAAGGGUCACAAAACAGUCCAUGAAAAGUCUAUCACAACUUGUACGAGAGUUUUUUUUCCCUUAUUUUCCCAAUCGUGGUCCGGAAAUUGGGUUGAACUACCACUAGGGUCACCAAACUCCAUGUUAAAACCCCAGUAACUUCCCCGAGAGGCUUUUUUUCCCAAGUUUUCCCAUUCAAAAGGUACAGAAUUUGGGUCAAACCAUCACUAGGGUCACAAAAACGCCCAUGAACACCCCAGCAACUUCCCGAAGAGGCCUUUCUAACAUAGGAACAGAGGUGCCGAUAUGUUUAAGAAUCCUGACCUUCGUGUGUCUUGAUCUCAAAAAAGGUUGGUCAUGCGGGCUGAUGGUGCGUUGGCAGGGCUGUGCAAAGGCCGGGUCUCGCGAUAGCUCAAUCUUGGGUCUUGCGAUGGCCGGGUCUCGCGAUGGCUACCUCCCCGGACCGCUCCCUCACCUCUCAGUCGACACACACACACAUCCGCUCUCGGCCAGACUCUUCACCCGGACAACCACCACACAGCGCUGCAGAUAAUCAUGUAUUUUUGUUUUGUGUUCUUCAUCUUUCCUGUAAUUAGGUGUAAAUUUGAGGCUGGCUGGUGGUUACUUUCCCAUCACUUAGUUGAUAAGACACCACCCUUGUGCUGAGUGUGUGUAAGUUUGUCUUUUCAUAUUAUUUAUAAAGAUACAUUUUUGUACUAAACAUAAAUAUAAGAAUAAAUGGAGAUGCAUG